AUGGGCAUCCAACAAAUCACCAACAUGUGUUCCCAUCUCCAAAACGCCUCCCGCGCACGUCUGGGCCUGACCUCCCUGCCCAACACCAAAUACAACCUCGCGCUCGCCCUGGCCCUGCACCGCGCAGGCUUCAUCUCCUCCGUCACGCGGGGCGGUCCUCACCCGCCCACGCCCGAGGCCCUUUUGACGCAUGAGCCCGAGCCCGUCACCAGCGCCAACGUGGCCACGCGCCGGUUGUGGGUGGGACUCAAGUACUGGAACGAGGAGCCCGUCUUGAAGUCGCUGAAGCCGAUUUCGAAGCCGUCGAGGUUGGUGACUGCUUCUUUGGAGGAGUUGAACCGUGUGGCGAGGGGCUUUCCUGCGGGUUAUAUGAAGGGGUUGCAGUUGGGGGAGUGUUUGUUUGUGAAUACUGAUAGAGGUGUGUUGGAGGUUAGGGAGGCGGUGGAGAGGAAAGUUGGUGGGUUGGUUUUGUGCAAGGUAAAAUAG